GAAGACCACGCCCCCGAAGCAGCUUGGCCAGCGCGUUGCGCAGAACGUUAGUCAUCUAUUCGUAUCUUUCGUUUCAGCCGUGUUGUGUUGCCCAUCGGAAGGAUGAAGCAGAUCAACAUUAACCAGACAGUGAAAAUCCCGAAGGACUUGACCUGCUCGGUCAAGUCCCGCGUCGUCACUGUGACGGGACCAAGGGGCACACUCAAAAGGAGUUUCAAACAUUUGGCUCUUGACAUUGCUAUGGUCAACAAGCGCCUCUUGAAGGUCGAGAAAUGGUUCGGAACCAAGAAGGAAAUCGCCGCUGUGAGGACUGUAUGCUCGCAUAUUGAGAAUAUGCUCAAGGGUGUCACUCUUGGAUUCCGUUAUCACAUGAGAGCGGUGUACGCUCAUUUCCCCAUCAACUGCGUGACCACCGAAAACAACACUGUCAUCGAGGUGCGUAACUUCUUGGGGGAGAAGUACAUCAGAAAGGUGAAGAUGGCCCCUGGCGUGACUGUCGCUAACUCAACCAAGCAGAAGGACGAGCUGAUCGUCGAGGGCAACAGCAUCGAAGACGUUUCCAGAUCAGCUGCCUUGAUUCAGCAGUCUACCACUGUUAAGAACAAGGAUAUCCGUAAAUUCUUGGACGGUCUCUACGUUUCAGAAAAAACCACUGUCGUGGAGGUUGAAGCGUAAAUUUUUGUUAAGGCCAAUAAAACAUAAAAAAUUCGAAAA